CACAUCUCAAGAAUUCGGUUGCUCGAUGGUAUGAAAAUGGUAUAUAAAAAUGCAUGACUGUGAGCAUACCUUUUCAAGUCAAGAACAAAUCUUGAAGAAUCCUUCAUAUGCUACAGUACAACUCAUAAUAUUUCGAAUAAAUAACUAUUAUGAAUGAAAAUAUAAGAUUAUUUUUGUAUGAGACAAAUUAUUCUUCAUUGAUAUACCGUAGCACAUUAUAAUGAUAAAUUAAAAAAGUAGGGUUAGGGAUGUUUUUGUUUAUAGUGGCAGCCCUACUUCGGCCAUUCACCAUUCAUUCAUCUUCAUUUCAUUUCUCGCUAGCACAUCAAACAAGCAACAUGGAUGUUGUAACCGUGAUCUUUCUCGUUGAUUCGUAGUCUUUAUUGAAAGGGUGCUGAUCUCAGUGCUCGUUUGUGUUAAAAAUAUUUUUUUCAAAAACCGAAAGGUUUUAUCCGUGAGCUUUUCCGACUCCCAAGAAUCAAUAUGCUGUGCUUCAAAUAAGUUUCGUCAUUCUUUAGUAUGGCGGUUAUCAGUAAAUUUAUGCGGUGAUUUCGAUUUUUAGCAUUUAGAUCCGUGUUCUUAGUAGAUUAGGUUCAAAUUCAACGCUUCUAAAAAUAUUUUUUUGACUCUAUUUAAUAUCAAAAUGGUGAAGGAAAAACCAAAUUCGAUAAGGAUUUACGACAAAGAUGGAUUCAGACGGAGAGCAGCUUGUAUUUGUGUGAGAAAUGAAUCUGAGGAUGAAGUGCUUCUGGUGACGUCAUCACGCCGGCCGGAUCACUGGAUCGUGCCAGGUGGCGGCGUGGAGCCCGAGGAAGAGCCCAGUGUGACGGCGAUGCGCGAGGUGAUCGAGGAGGCGGGUGUCGUCGGCACACUCGGACGCUGUCUCGGCGUCUUCGAGGUACGAAAUGACGAGAGAAAACACAGAACCGAAGUCUUUGUCCUUGUCGUAACCGAAGAACUACCAGAGUGGGAAGACUCACGAAGUAUUGGUCGCCAACGAAAAUGGUUUUCACUUGAAGAUGCACUUAAACAGCUGUCGCUGCACAAGCCAGUUCAGCUCACCUACCUUGAGUCGUUACUGACGCGACCACAGUCCAAAGUGACGUGAAGCCUCCCCACCCCCUUCACCACUCCCACCCCCCACUCCUCGCCUCAAGCAACAGUUGCGAUCAUGUCGGCGAUUGAUGCGAUCGCAACGCAACGGUUCUCCCCCAUUUUAAUUAACAUUUAAUUGAACUAAUAUUUUUUCAUUUGAAAAAAACACCCACGGUUGAAAAGCGUUUGAAUGUUUUUUUUUUGUACUUGUAACCGAAUUUAUUUUUUAUAUUGUAUUAGAUUACAUUCUGUUUUCCGGAAUCAAUUAGAUAAUUUUUUUAUCGUUGACUAAGUUGUACUAUCGGAUAUGAAUGCAAGGAAUACGAAAUCUAGAUUAAUAACAACAGCUUUUGACGCUUCAUCAAAAAAUACUUGCAGAUCUCAUAAAAUGCUACUAGAUAUUAUAACUAAUUCAAAUCAUCAACGACAUUCAUGUGACAUUAAAGGCAACCUGAAUUAUAGAGUAAGCUACCAACAACAAAACUAGAAAAACUAAAAAAAAAUAUUUUUAUAAUGCAAAUAUUAUACCUAAUUGAAAUAAAAUAUAUUUGGGAGAUAAUUGAAAGAUUAAAUCUCAUUAAUUUUAAUAUUAUAGAGUCAAUUAAAAAUAGUUAAAUAAAAUCUUACGAGUUAGACUUAUAUUAAGAGGAUUUUAAAAUACGCUUCAUUUGUUACAAAUACGAAAUGAACAAUGUUAACUAUUUAAUUAAAAACUAUCAUCAUGAUACAGUGUGAUUACCAAAGCGAUAAAUCUAUCAACACUAAGCUUCUAAUUGCUAAAUACUGCAAUAAAUUUUAUAAGGAUUUUAUGAUUCAAAGAAAUUAUUAUCAACUUACUGACCGAUUGCUACUGUUGAAAGCCAGUUUUUUUUCAAUUCAAUUGUUAGAACGUCGCUUACAUUCACAAUGUACUGCAAUAUUCAUCUUAAUACUCAUACAUACCACCAUAAUAAUAGUGAUUUUCGUAUAAGGCUUUGUUUUUUGUUAUUUUUGAUAUUAUAAUGAUAUUAGAUUUGAUUGAUCAGAGAACUGUAUUCACUAUUGAAUUUGUAACUUGGAUGACUAUGUCAGUUUGUUUAGUGUAUUUUAUAGUUUUGCAAACCAAUGUAGUUAAAUCUUUCAACAGAAAUAUAAAAUUUAUACUAUGACAAGCA